AUGUUCGCCAGUGUGUGUGUUUCAGUCGGACGUUAAUGAUCGGUGCACACCAAGACGUCACCAACCAAAAGAGCAAGAAGUCGCCUUCGCAAGUUGCUGUUUUAACGCUAUUGUACUCCUCUCUAGUGCAAUGAGGGCGUGGAUGGGGCACCAGUCUCCCUAUGUUAAAGAGGAAGAGGAGCCAGAGCCCACCCACAUUAAAGAGGAAGAGGAGGAACCCCAGCCCCCCUACGUUAAAGAGGAAGAGGAGAAGCCACAGCCCCCCUACGUUAAAGAGGAAGAGGAGGAGCCACAGCCCCCCUGUGUUAAAGAGGAAGAACUCUGGAUCACUCAGGAGGGAGAGCAUCUUCUAGGGCCAGAGGAGGCUGAUCUCACCAGGUUGCCACUGACUGGUGUCUCUGUGAAGACAGACGACCAUGAAGACAAACCACCUGAGUCCUCACAGCUUCAUCAUAGUCCAAGUGAGGAGAUGAGAGAGGCGGAGCCUUCAUGCAGCAGCUCACUGCAACACAUGACAACAGAAGCUGAUGGAGACCACUGUGGAGGAUCACAAGCAGACAACCUCUUAGCUCCACUGUCAGAUAGUGACGACACGACGUCACACUCUCCUGAAGAUGAAGACAGCGACUCCAACCAAGAAUCUCUGAGCAGCGAUACAGACUGUGAAGGUGAUAUGACGACUCACACUGGCAACAAACACUCUGAAAGCUCUAAAAAGAAGACAGAUAAACCUUUUAACUGCUCACUUUGUCAGAAAGUAUUUUCUUGGAAGAGUGUUUUGACUCGACACAUGAGAACACACACAGGAGAAAAACCUUUCCGUUGCUCACACUGUUGUAAAGGUUUCAUUCAAAAGGUGCAAUUGGUAUUGCACAUGAGAACACAUACAGGAGAUAAACCUUUUAGUUGCUCAGACUGCGGUAAAAGUUUCACUCUGAAGGAAAACAUGCGGUCACACAUGAGAACACACACGGGAGAAAAACCGUUUUGUUGCACGUACUGUCAUAAACAAUUCACUUUCAAGACAAAUGUGCAAACACACAUGAGAAUGCACACAGGAGAAAAACCUUUUAGUUGCUCAAACUGUGGUAAACACUUCACUCGAAAGUCAGACAUGCAGUCACACAUGAGAACGCACACAGGAGAAAAACCUUUUAGUUGCUCAGACUGUGGCAAACGCUUCGCUCGAAAGUCAAACAUGCAAUCGCACUUAAGAACACACACAGGAGAAAAACCUUUUAGUUGCUCAACCUGCGGUACACGGUUCGCUUUAAAGAUACACGUGCAAAGACACAUGAUAGUACACACAAGAGAGAAACCUUUUAGUUGCUCAGACUGUGGUAAACGCUUCGGUCAAAAGGCAAACAUGCAAAGACACAUGACAACACACACGGGAGGGAAAACAUUUAGUUGCUCAAAUUGUGGUGAUUCUUUCUCUUGGAAGUGCUCUUUGAAAAGACACAUGCAGAGUCACUGCUGGUCGACUGUUUAACUGGCCUGGCAUCCAUGCAGUCAGUAUGGUGUUUUUCUUCAAGAAAUACGUCAUGUUUUUAAUCUUGUGCAAAAGACCACAAUGUAAUGGUUUCAUAUGUAGUUUAAGGAGUUUUAUUUGACUGUAUGCUGUCAUCAUUAAAUGCUGGAACUGAUGCAGUCACUUCCUGUUCCAUUACUUUCAGAUUGGGUCUGGAAAGUAGACAUUGGAUUCCUUUUACUGACUAUCUGACCCCCCCCCCCCUUAUUUCGCACUGUUGAUUGUAUGUAAUGAAAGUUAAUUGUUAGAUUAUUUUGUUGAUAUUGUUGUAUUACAUCUUAAAGGGGAUGUAUGAUACCUUUUCAAUUUUUCGGACCUAUAAAUGUAUUUAUAAUGUUGUAUUCUGGUGUUAAACCAUGCCAAAGUUUCAAAUAAUGAGGUUUGCGCAUUUGGAAGUGAGCCCUCAAAGAAGUUUGGGAUGGCUCAAAACGCUCGGUUUCAAAAGGUGUGGUAAAACUGCCCCUUUGUGAUGUCACAGAGGGGCGGACUUUUUUAUGUGGUUCAUAGUUAGGAAGCACUUUGGGCGUGGAAUAAAUUAAAACAGAGCCUUUUGGCAGGAAGCACAAAUCCAAGGAAAUACAGCUGGAAUAGGUGCAAAUUCUGGAAGAUCUAAAAGGGUUUCUGUGCAGGUUAUUGUGUGUAGCUGCUCUAUAGGAGUCCACAACUUAAAGUGUCGAAAAAUGAGCAUAGUAGGUCCCCUUUAAUACUAAAUGGAUAUUUGAGUUUUUCAAAAUUUGUCAGGUAUUUUAUUAGGGCCUGAGCACCAGUACCUAUAAGGAAUAAAGCCAAAUCAUUUUUGUAGGACUAUACUGAAUUGAAAAGUACUAAAAUACUGAAUAAAUUACUAAAAGAUAAAUUACUGAAAAGAUAAUGAUAUUAUUAAUAGCUAAACAUUUUCUGGGAGGAACAAUAACUGGCUGUCAGUGGGGGCCUGCAUUGCAGUGCAUGCCCAUAAUAAAUGUAUAAACUGUGUCAACAAGGUGGUGGUAGUAGUAGUGUAAGAAGAAUAUACAAUUGUUCAAAUGUGACUUACAAAAAAAAUUAUACUUCUUUUGUGUAGAUCAUAUCUUUUGUGUGUUGAGUUGCUUGAAUGACAGUGGCAACAUGGAGAAGCCUUUUGCUUCUGCCCACUUCUUUUCAGCUUCAUUACUGUCAAUGAUGUGAUUUGAUGUAAAAAAAAAAAUGUUGUUUCCUCAAUAAAGUUAACUAAUGACCUUAACUUACUUUCACACACGUUAAUCUGGGCAUUGUUUCAUUAUUUUUUUAUGUUUAUUUGUGUCAUUCCUGUAUUUUUGUGCAUUGUCUUAGGCAUGUUGGCUACAACGUCAAGGUUGGAAUCUCCCAUUGUGCAUGUAUGUGUGGAGUUUGCAUGUUCUCCCCGUGCAUGCGUGGAUUUUCUCCGGGUACUCCGGUUUCCUCCCACAUUCCAAAAACAUGCUAGGUUAAUAAGCGACUCCAAAUUGUCCAUAGGUAUGAAUGUGAGUGUGAAUGGUUGUUUGUCUAUAUGUGCCCUGUGAUCCCACCCAAGUGAGGAUAAGCGGCCUAGAAAAUAUGUGCGUUUCAACUUGUUGUACAAUUUAUUAGGUGUGUUGUGUAGUCGUGUUUUAUUGGCUGCUGUACACUUUGAGCAGUGAGCUGUUGGAAAGAUGCUCUAUAAAUACAUUUGACCUUGACCAGUGGGGGCCGGCCGGGCACAGCCUGAAGAGAUGACAUGGGUCCCUCCUCCCUUGAUGGUGAGUCCCAAGGAGGGGACAUUGGCAGUCUGAUCCUCGGCUAGAGAAGCUCGCUUUUGGGACGUGGAAUGUCACCUCUCUGAUAGGGUAGAAGGUUAAAAGGUUAGCUAGAUAUGACUCACCUCCCAGCAAGGGGUCUGUUCUCGAGGGGCUCGACUUUGUCACUCUGGCCUUUCCAGCAGUGAGAGGCAAUGAGCAGGGCUUGGGCAUCUGGUGAGGAUGCCUUCAGGGCAUGUCCGAACAAUAGAAUGCCUCGGGGAAGACCCAGGACACGUUGGCGAGACAAUGUCUCCCAAAUGGCCUGGGAACACCUCGGGAUCUACCGGGAGGAGCUGGAAAAGGCUGGGAGAGGGCAGUCUGGGCCUCCCUGCUUGGGCUGCUGACCCUGUGACCCAACCUGAGAUAAGCGGUAGAAGAUGGAUGGACAUUCCAAUUCCAAACACUCUUGAAAAAUGUAUGCUUUUGAUACGGUAUACUCACAUUAUUAUCCGGUGUAUACCA